UCUGCAAAGGCCCUUCAUUCCUUUUUAUGGCUGCACCUUGACUAUUUCUAUGGCUAUUUCUGUUCUUGGUGAGACUCCUCCUGUCUCCGGUGCAUUCUUCUGGCCCCCUCUUUUACUGGGAAUGGCAGCAUGUCUUUGCAUUGUCUGUAACUAGACCUUUCUUUGUGGCCAGCACAGUGUGAUGAGCUGGCGAGCUUUCCCACCAUGGGGCAGGGCUUAUCCUGAGGCCUGCUGGAGGAAACCGAGAGAGCUGAGUCUUAGGGGCUUAACCAAUCUGCCCAAGGGGAAGCUGACACCCAGUGGGGCUGGAACCCUGGUUGGAGAGUUCAUGUCUGCACCUGGCCUCGGCCUCUGUUCUCACUUGCUCUGCCCAGCUGGCUGUGCCCUCAGCCGGCUCAUCACCAGGAGUUUGGGUGGGAGUUGCUGCUCAGCCACCGCGAGCUACAUGACCUUGAAAGCUGACCUUUGACUAUCCGCAGGAGAAUCCUGAAGGUUCUCAGGCCAUGGAGCUGUGAAUGUCCCUUCUUUCAGUGUCUGUAUCAUUGGAAACUAAGCCCCCACCAAUGUUUAUUCAUUCACUCAACCAAUAUUUAUGGAAUAUCACAGCCCUAGGGGUGGGGACACAGCAAGGAACAAGAAAAACAAUAAUUAUUGUCCUCAGUAGGUGACUGAGGAGUGGGGAGGCUGGCAGGAAGCCACGUACCUAGAAUACACACUAGGUCAAGGCAGUGUUCCCACAGAGAAGACGAAACAGGGAAGGGGAGAGAAGGCUGGGAUGGGAGGUCUACAGACUUAAGUAGGAUGAUCUGGGAAGUAGCAUUUGAGUAGAGUUUGGAGGGAAGGACGGGAAAGAGUAUUCCAGGCAGUGGGAACAGCAGGUGCAAAGGCCCUGGGGCAGAAGUGUGCCUGGAUGGUCAAGACUGUCAGGCUGUGUGUUUGGAACAGGUGAAAGAGAGAGAAGGUCAGCAAGGACUUGAUAAGCAGAGCCUCGUGGUCAUGCUGAGGACUCCAGGACCUGUCCACCGAAGGGAAUGACAGGAGCUGACUCAUGCUCUAGCAGGACUUCUCUGCCUGCUACGUUGAGCACUGGUGAUGGGGGCGUGGGAAGAAGUUAGAAGCCACUGCAGAGGUCCCGGUGGGCCAUGAUCAGGGCACCACAAUGCAGGUGGCGAAAAUCGAUCAGAUUCUAGACAUAUGUCAACAUGGAGGACCAAGACUUUCGUCUACAUCUAAACAAUAGUUAUGAAAUGUUGACUUGAGAUGGAUCUAUUGUAAUUAUUUAGAUACUCCCAAUAAUGGAUCAGGAGAACCAAGAAGGGCCCUAGAAUUUAUCCUGGUCUUCCUAGGAUUUUCCCAAGGGUAGAAAUGAUGAACUGGGUGACCAUUCACAAAGGAGAGAGGAUUCCCAGUCCCCAGCCCUGAAGCCUUCCCCUCAGUCACCAUCUUCUGUGGGUCGACCAGAUGCACAGACUGUUCUCCGCCAUCCCUGUGGUUCUUACAUCAAUGCCCAGCUGUGGGAAUGUACUGUGCUUCGAUGGCUCAUAGAAGCCCCAUAUAAGGUACUGCUCCUGUGGGACGUGCCUGUCAAACCUGCUUGUCCACUGCUGUUCAGUUCAGCCAGAGAUUGGGCCACAUUCAGUCCUCGCUUCCCUGGGAGAGUGAAGGCUCUUCCUUCUGCCCAGCUCCAUCCUGCCCAGCAGCCUGCAGAGAGGAGGCAGCUGGCACCACACUGGACUUUGGAGAGGUUGCGGGGACUGAGGACCCCACCCCACUGCACGGAACUCCUGCAAAAACGACCCUGAGACACCUGGGUCCUUCCAGCGCCCAGCCAUGGGGGAACUGUGCCGCAAGGACUCUGCGCUCACAGCACUGGACGAGGAGACGCUGUGGGACAUGAUGGAGAGCCACCGCCACAGGAUCGUGCGCUGCAUCUGCCCCAGCCGCCUCACUCCCUACCUGCGCCAGGCCAAGGUGCUGUGCCAGCUGGACGAGGAGGAGGUGCUGCACAGCCCCCGGCUCACCAACAGCGCCAUGAGGGCCGGGCACUUGCUGGAUUUGCUGAAGACUCGAGGGAAGAACGGGGCCAUCGCCUUCCUGGAGAGCCUGAAGUUCCACAACCCUGACGUCUACACCCUGGUCACUGGGCUGCAGCCUGAUGUCGACUUCAGCAACUUCAGCGGUCUCAUGGAGACAUCCAAGCUGACCGAGUGCCUGGCUGGGGCCAUCGGCAGCCUGCAAGAAGAGCUGAACCAGGAGAAGGGGCAGAAGGAGGUGCUGCUGCGGCGGUGCCAGCAGCUGCAGGAGCGCCUGGGCCUGGCCGAGACCCGUGCCGAGGGCCUGCACCAGCUGGAGGCUGACCACAGCCGCAUGAAGCGUGAGGUUAGCACCCACUUCCAUGAGGUGCUGAGGCUGAAGGACGAGAUGCUCAGUCUCUCGCUGCACUACAGCAGCGCCCUGCAGGAGAAGGAGCUGGCCGCCUCACGCUGCCGCAGCCUGCAGGAGGAGCUGUAUCUACUGAGGCAGGAGCUGCAGCGAGUCAACGUGGUUUCCUCCUGCGAGCUGGAACUGCAAGAGCAGUCCCUGAGGACGGCCAGCGACCAGGAGUCCGGGGACGAGGAGCUGAACCGCCUGAAAGAGGAGAAUGAGAAACUGCGCUCGCUGACUUUCAGCCUGGCGGAGAAGGACAUUCUGGAGCAGAGCCUGGACGAGGCGCGGGGGAGCCGACAGGAGCUGGUGGAGCGCAUCCACUCACUGCGGGAGCGGGCCGUGGCCGCUGAGAGGCAGCGAGAGCAGUACUGGGAAGAGAAGGAACAGACCCUGCUGCAGUUCCAGAAGAGUAAGAUGGCCUGCCAGCUCUACAGGGAGAAGGUGAACGCGCUGCAGGCCCAGGUGUGCGAGCUGCAGAAGGAGCGAGACCAGGCAUACUCCGCAAGGGACAGUGCUCAGAGAGAGAUUUCGCAGAGCCUGGUGGAGAAGGACUCCCUCCGCAGGCAGGUGUUCGAGCUGACGGACCAGGUCUGUGGGCUGCGCACACAGCUCCGCCAGCUGCAGGCAGAGCCUCCGGGUGUGCUCAAGCAGGAAGCCAGGACCAGGGAGCCCUGUCCACGAGAGAAGCAGCGGCUGGUGCGGAUGCACGCCAUCCGCCCCAGAGGCGACAGCAAUGGCAGCCUCGUCAGCUCCACGGAGUCUCAGCUCUGGUCGGACCUGAGCAACACAUCCAGCCGCGAGCUGGCGGACAGCUUCCGCUCCAGCAGCCCCGCGCCCCCCAGCCAGCAGUCCCUGUACAAGCGGGUGGCCGAGGACUUUGGGGAAGAACGCUGGUCUUUCAGCAGCUGCCUGGAAAUCCUGGAGGGAGACCCAGGAGCCCCGCCGGGAGCUAAGGUGGGCGACCCACACCUGGAUGAUGAGCUCCUAGACAGGGCAGACCUUCCCCAGCUGGAAAGCAGCCUGCAGCCAUUCUCACCUGGAAGCCUUGAUGUCUCGGAGAGCAGCGUCCUCAUGCGGCGGAGGCCAGCCCGCAGGAUCCUGAGCCAGGUCACGGUGCUGGCGUUCCAGGGGGAUGCGUUGCUGGAGCAGAUCGGCGUCAUCGGCGGGAACCUCACAGGCAUCUUCAUCCACCGGGUCACCCCGGGCUCGGCGGCGGAUCAGAUGGCCUUGCGCCCGGGCACCCAGAUCGUGAUGGUUGAUUACGAAGCCUCAGAGCCCUUGUUCAAGGCAGUCCUGGAGGAUACGACCCUGGAACAGGCCGUGGGGCUUCUCAGGAGGGUGGACGGCUUCUGCUGCCUGUCUGUGAAGGUCAACAUGGACGGUUAUAAGAGGCUACUCCAGGACCUGGAGGCCAAAGUGGCGACCUCGGGGGACUCAUUCUAUAUCCGGGUCAACCUGGCCAUGGAGGGGAGGGCCAAGGGGGAGCUGCAAGUGCAUUGCAACGAGGUCCUCCACGUCACCGACACCAUGUUCCAGGGCUGCAGCUGCUGGCACGCCCACCGCGUGAACCCUUACACCAUGAAAGAUGCUGCUGCGCACGGCACCAUCCCCAACUACUCCGGGGCUCAGCAGCAGCUCAUAGCCCUCAUCCAGGACAUGACUCAGCAAUGCGCCGUCACCCGCAAGCUGUCUUCUGGGGGACCACAGAAGCUGGUCCGCAUCGUCAGUCUGGACAAAGCCAAGGCCAGCCCUCUGUGUUCGUCCUUUGACAGGGGCCAGCUGGACCCCAGCAGGAUGGAGGGCUCCAGCGCGUGCUUCUGGGCCGAGAGCUGCUUCACCCUGGUGCCCUACACCCUGGUGCGGCCCCAUCGACCCGCCCGGCCCCGGCCUGUGCUCUUCGUGCCCAGGGUGGUUGGGAAGAUCCUGAGUGAGAAGCUGUGCCUCCUCCAAGGGUUUAAGAAGUGCCUGGCAGAGUACUUGAGCCAGGAGGAGUGUGAGGCCUGGAGCCAGAGAGGGGACAUCGUCCAGGAGGGAGAGGCGUCUGGGGGCCGCUGCUGGGUGACCCGCCAUGCUGUGGAGUCCCUCAUGGAAAAGAAUACCCACGCCCUCCUGGACGUCCGGCUGGACAGUGUCUGCGCCCUGCACAGGAUGGACAUCUUCCCCAUUGUCAUCCACGUCUCUGUCAACGAGAAGAUGGCAAAGAAGCUCAAGAAGGGCCUACAGCGGUUGGGCACCUCAGAGGAGCAGCUCCUGGAGGCUGCCAGGCAGGAGGAGGGACACCUGGACCAGGCACCCUGUCUAUACAGCAGCCUGGCUCCUGACGGCUGGAGCGACCUGGACGGCCUAGUCAGCUGUGUCCGCCAGGCCAUCGCCGACGAGCAGAAGAAGGUGGUGUGGACAGAGCGGAACCCCCGAUGAUGUACCGUGCCCCUCCCUGGGACAGUGGGGGCCUCUGCGUGCCUGUUAAUGCGGUCCUGUUCCUGAGCCCAGACCCUACUGGCACAGCUGUGGGCUCUUGGCUCAUGAGGCCUGCUGUCCCCUCUGGCUGGGGUCUAACCUUGAACCCUCACCACGUGCAGGCCACUUUUCUGUGGAAACAUCUUCACCUUUCACCAGGCUCGGCAUGGUCUGGACUGAAGACCCUGAGAACAUUUCUGCAGUGGGACAGGAGGGACGUCUUCCCACGCCUUCCCUGGAACCGGAGGCCCCGGACCUCUCUGGAGAACCGCCUGUCUGCAGGCCCGAUUCAAACCUGCGGGGUCUGCAUUUCCCUUUACAAUUCUGAAGUGUCAAAGGCUCACUCCAAAAGCACAGAGGCAGCGGGUGGGGAGUCUGGGUGGCCCCCAAGGUUGCUGCCACCCUUGCCUGGGGCAGAGGCACAAGCCCACAUAUGCUGUGACCCUGGCCACCUUUUCUCAGCUUCUGAGGCUGCGAUGCCUCAGGAACUCCAGUUUACAGAGACCAGUGUGCUGACUUGUAAAUAAAGCCUCUGGGUGGUGGAGAUGGUACUUUCAGUGGGUCUGUGCCCCGUGGCCUCCAUGCCCGUUCGGUGGGGGUGUCUCAGAGAAGCCUGGCACCAGUAUCCCUGUACAAGGUCCGGCAGACUCUGCCUUUCCCCGACCUGGCUUUGCACCCUAGCCCUUCUUGGGCCAAACAUCUUCACUGCACCUUCAGGGCUCGGGGAGGACCCAGGUCUCCCAGCGCCUGGCCUUGCCUCCGCCUCCUCGGGCUGUUGCAGACUGAAGGUCAUUUUGACAGCAGUGUCCAAGAAUCAGGAAGCUGUUCUAGAAUUCAGGUUGGAAUCAUCAUAAACGAGUUCAGAAAAAGAACUUCUGCAUAUUUUACUAAAAUAAAAAGCUUUUACAAUA